AUGGAUAAUUCUGGUGUGGGAUCGAGCGGUAGCAGCGGUAACCAAGGUGGAGACCAAGGAAGUUCUGGAAGUUCUGGAGGCUACGGAAACUCAGAUCAAAAUAGCUAUGGAUCAAGUGGAAGCCACGCGAAAAGAGACUACAAUGUUCAAACAACAACUGCUUAUCAAUCCACACCUACAUCUGCAACUACACAAACGAACUCGGCAAUCCCAAGCUCUACUUCCUCUACGUCGGACAAAUCAUCAUCACAUGACCGAGCAGCAAUAAUAGGAGGUGUACUUGGAGGAGUCGGAGCAUUAUUGAUCAUAUCUCUCAUUGCUCUUUAUCUAUUGCAAAAAAGGAAGACUAAAAAUGCCGCUACUCAAAAGCGAGUUACUCAGCAAGUAUCCUACAAUAGAUUAAACUCCUCAUUUGCUGGUGUACCCUUUCUCAAGAGGAAUAGUCAAGCUAGUGAUAAUGAAAUAUCUCCACCACCAAUGGUUGCCGAUACAUCAUACCAAGGAGCAUACAUGAGAGGAGGACAAUCAAGCUACCCUGAUUUAUCUAGUGAUAUGGAAACCGAUCGAUUCCUACCAAAUGACGAAGAAUCUCAACAUAGAAUGGCCGCCCGAGCUCAUUUAUCAUCUGAUCAUCUCUCCACACCAUCUAUAUCAGGAGAUCCGUUUACAGAUCAAAAUCGUCUUUCUCAAAUAUCAGGGAAUACCGCUUCCCCUCCCAGGCCAGGGAAACUCGUCCGACAUGAUACCAUGGGAUUUCCUCUCGACGACGACGAUACCUCAUAUAUCGGACCAGAUGGUGAAGAACACCGCCUCUCUAGAAUAAUGCACAGCCCUCGCGCCUCAGUUUUCGAACCUACCAUCAUGUCUCCCUCCCCCAUCCGCCCUACCAUCUCUCAUGAAAAUCUCGAACGAGGCGCUUUGCAAAAUCAGGAUCUACCUCAAAGCCGACCCAUACCCCAACAUCUCAAUUCACUUUCCUCAAAUUACGAUAACCCAGAAUUUGAGAAUGAAGACAGUGAUUUACCACCAAUUCAAUCAUAUGGAGCUCCACAAAGUAUGUCUCCUGUUCCCAUGCAAUCCGGUGCAUGGAUUGCCGCACAGCAUCCACAUUUAGCUGCUGCUUUUUCUAUGGGCGAUGUACAUAGAAAUAUGAGUACGAGAACUCAAAGCAGUUUUGCACCAAGUGUGAUUAGUGAUACGGAAUUGGAUAGAUUGGGAGUAGGACAGAGGCCGUGA